CCCCUUCAAAUACCCAUUCAUAUCCAUCUUGCACAGAAAUUAAUUAAGAGCUUUGAAGUGUGAGGGAGAAAUAGUAUAAUAGAAAAAGAUGGAGACUUUCCCAGUAGUUAACAUGGAGAUGCUUAACACUGAAAAAAGGGCUGCAGCAUUGGAGAAAAUAAAAGAUGCUUGUGAGAACUGGGGAUUCUUUGAGGUGAUUAAUCAUGGGAUCUCUCAUGAGCUUCUGGACACAGUAGAGAAGUUCACAAAGGAACAUUACAAGAAGUGUAUGGAACAAAGGUUCAAGGAAAUGGUGGCAAGUAAAGGCCUUGAAGGUGUUCAGACUGAAAUUGAUGAUUUGGACUGGGAAAGUACUUUCUUCUUGAAACAUCUUCCUGUUUCAAACAUUUCAGAAGUUCCUGAUCUUGAAGAUGAUUAUAGGAAAAUCAUGAAGGAGUUUGCUGAUAAACUGGAGAAACUAGCAGAGCAACUGUUGGAUUUGCUGUGUGAAAAUCUAGGACUAGAGCAAGGUUACUUGAAGAAAGUGUUUUAUGGCUCAAAGGGUCCUACUUUUGGCACCAAAGUUAGCAACUACCCACCAUGUCCUAAGCCUGAUCUCAUUAAAGGGCUGAGGGCUCACACAGAUGCUGGUGGCAUCAUCCUUCUAUUCCAAGAUGACAAAGUCAGUGGUCUCCAACUACUCAAAGAUGACAAAUGGAUUGAUGUUCCACCGAUGCGCCACUCCAUUGUCAUCAACCUCGGUGACCAACUCGAGGUGAUUACUAAUGGAAAAUACAAGAGUGUGGAGCACAGGGUGAUUGCUCAGCCUGAUGGAAACAGAAUGUCCUUGGCUUCGUUCUACAAUCCGGGGAGUGAUGCUGUCAUCUAUCCAGCACCAGAAUUGCUGGAGAAGGAAGAAAAAGAGAACACAAUAAUGUAUCCCAAAUUUGUUUUUGAGGAUUAUAUGAAAUUAUAUGCAGGUCUCAAAUUCCAAGCUAAAGAGCCAAGGUUUGAAGCAAUGAAGGCUGUGGAAACUGCUGUCAACUUGGGCCCAAUAGCAACUGUUUGAUGAGACCAGUAUUAAUACAACACUAAUUAAUGGGAAUGGGAAGAAAAGAUUGUUUAGUACUAAGAUAAUGACGUUGUAAUAAUUUGUUAAUGUUGGUUUAAUUAGUGGGGUGCUUUAUCUUGCUUUGUGCAACUUGGGUUUUGUUUAUGUACUCUUGUCUGGUAGUGUGAUAUGUUAAGAGGAUUUGAUUGUAAAGUUCUCAGAUUUCCUAUGAAAUCUUUUAUUCCCAGCAUACUAAUUUAUUGAGUUUAAGUUUU